CACACACACACACACACACACACACACACAGUAAACACGCCUCUCUGCGUGCUUACUGUUUCACUUUGUAUGAAGGAGUGUCGCAGUUGGUUUUCACCAUCUCAACCUCCAGCUGAAGAUCAAAGUGUGUGUGAGCUGAUGUGGAUGUGGGUUCAGCAGCAUGAGUCAGUGUGAGGACAGAGAGGAGGGAGCCCCUCCCUCUAAAAGGACUCGGUGGGGGGAACAUGACACAAGGACCAAAGCUCAGAGCCCAGAGCAGCAGAACACAGCAGAUUCUGUUGGACCUGGAUCCAAACCUGAACCUGGACCCAGCUGUUUGUCCCUCAAGAGUGACUCGUCAAAUGAUCUCUACAUUGAUUUUAAAGGACGACAACCUUCUGCUACAAAUAGAAGGAAGCUGGAAAAACCAAAACGCAGCAGUGUGUCCAGGAAGAGAGCGAGAGUGGACCAGGAGAGCUCAGAGGUUCCCAGUGGUCAGUCUGCCCAGCAGCAUCAAACACACCUGGACUCCAUAUUUAUGCUGCUGGAGGACAACAUUGUCACUUUUGUGAAGAACGAGCUGAAGAAGAUUAAAAAGGGUCUAAGUUCAGGUUACCCAGAAUGGUUAGAGAGUCAAAGGGAGGAUGAGGAGGUGUUGGACAGUGAGGAUGAAGAGCAGAGGCGGAGCAGCAGAGAGGCAUUUCUGAAGAUCACUGUACACUUCCUGAGGAGAAUGAAGCAGGAGGAACUGGCUGACCGUCUGCAGAGCAGUAAGAGGAUUUCUCUAAAGAUUUAACUCGCUGGAUAAAUGAGACAUUUACUGAUGUCUCAACAGAUGAAGGAUCAUUUGUUUAUAUAUGCAUCC